CGAUUUGUAACUGCGGUUUGGAAUAAGAACAAAGCCACAUUAAAUUUGUUCGGGAAACAACAAUGUUGUCAAAACUAGUGUUAAUAUUUUCCUUGGUGAUAAUGCUACAAGUUUUGAGUAAUUCAAGCAAUGUUUUGGCAAUGCUUUGUCCGGAAAAUGAAGUGUGGAAUGAUUGCGGGAAUCGCUGUAAUGAAAGAUACUGCAACGAAUCAAUGGAAAAAAAACCUCGCACCAAGGAAUGUAAUCCUGAGGGUGGAUGUCAUUGUAAACGCGGAUUUAAACGCGAUCCGCAAGGUCGAUGCAUCAAUUGCCCCACUUGUCGUCAGGAUGAAAUGUGGGUUCCGUGUGGUGACCCAUGUCCAUACAACACUUGCAAUAUUGCGAUCCCUUGCCCGAAGAUUUGUAAUGUUAAUGGUGGAUGCGUGUGCAGGCCAGGAUCGAAACCAGAUAAGGAAAGAAAAUGUAUUCCGUGCAAUGCUUGAAUUAUA